UAAAUCAUUUUAAAAAUUAUUUUGGCUCAUUUAUGUUGCAUGACAUUUAGAAUUACUCUCACCAGAAUAUCUAUUCUGACAGAAAUGAUCUGCUCUGUACUUUCAGGCUUCCUCUUUUCUUUCCACUUGUUCUUUUAAACACUACUUUGGAGAUCAAUCACCAAAUUUGCGCAAACAUCUUUUUUUUUUGUAAAAAGAUGGUUCUUUUGCAGUUUUGCUUCAGAGCAAUAGCUCGUAUGUCUUUUGAGCUCAACCUUUAUCACUGAGCUUCUAACUUGCUUAUGUUCAUAAAUGGCCACGAACAUAGAAAAGUCUCAAACACACAGUUCUUGAAUCCUCUUUCUGUCUAUCCAUGUAUCUACUAGUUGACACACGGAGCAAUAAGCGGGACAUAGUGUUUCUCCUUGAUGGGUCGGAUGACUCCAGAAAUGGGCUCCCAGCUAUUCGAGAAUUUGUCAGAAGAAUGGCAGAAGAGCUGGACAUUGAAGACGAUAAGGUUCGAGUGGCCGUUGUGCUGUAUAGUGACAACAUUAAAGUUUACUUCAACCUAAUGACUCACAGAUCCAAAAAGGCUAUCAUCUAUGCUGUAAGAAGUCUUCGACAUAAAGGAGGAAGACCUCGGAACACUGGAGCUGCUCUACAGUUUGUGCAAGACCAUGUUUUCACUGCUUCAUCUGGUAGUAGACGCCGAGAGGGAGUCCCUCAAAUUCUGAUUUUACUGACUGGAGGCAAAUCCAAUGAUGAUGUUUCCAGAGCUGCAUUUGACUUAAAGCAAAACGGUGUCGUGUCUUUCGCCAUUGGAAUGAAAAAUGCUGACCAGGGGGAACUUCAAAAAAUCGCCUUCUCUUCCAAAUUCCUUUUCAACUUGCCUGUCUUUGGUGAACUUUUAUCCAUUCAGCCAGAGAUAGCUGCAUUUGUCAAGGCGGGAAUACAAACAGAACCUCCUACUUUUGUUGGUAAGACGUGUCACUGAUUCGUAGUUGAGAAGUAAACUGUCUUCUUGCUUAUGUUCUUGUGCAUUUGGUCUUUCAUCAUUUGAAUUUCGAUGAAACGGCAUCAUCUUCUUCUGAAUCAAACGGUUUCAUGUUCCUUUACCUCUCUCCACUGGCUAGCCGCAACCCAUGGUUAUGUUGUUUCUUGUUUGGCUCUCAUCCUUUUCUUCUUGUACCUCGGAGAGCUUUUGUUCUAUUUUUAAGCUCUUCCUUGAGCCAAUGAUUAUCACAUCAUUGACUGAACAUUUAUGAUUAAGCAGAAUAUUUAUUUGCUUUUCUCCAUCCUCCAUUUGUGAAAGAGGAAUAUGCCCUUUGGAGUGUCUCAAUAUUCUUUUCAUCCACCAGUUUUCCUAAAUGUUCUCGCAUCUAACACCUUGUUUUUUGCAGUUGUUUGGUAGAAUUUCACCACCAUCUCCAGUGGUUUUGCUAACUGUAUAAUCUGUAAUGAUUAUACCACAAUGCCAUUCAGCAUGUGUGUGAUAACUCUGAUUCUUACACAAACUUUUCAUAUUCUCUUCCAGUCGAAUUAGAAUCCCCUCAAAGAGACAUAGUAUUUCUGUUGGAU